GGAAAAGGCCGGAGUAUUUCGCGCCAAAUUGAAACAACGGGGUAGUCACUCUGAGCGCCAGGAGGGACGAGCAGCCGAGACACAAAGCGACCUGCACCGCUUUUACCGUUUCGCCUGCUAUCUCUCGGACCAGUUCAGCCAACAUGGAGGAGGCCAACAAGCUCAUCGGCACGGGCAAGAAGCACCUGGUGAUGGGGAAGGUGGUGGAGGCGGUGGGCGCCCUGCAGGAGGCCUGCGGCAUGCUAGCUCAGAAGUAUGGCGACACAGCAGACGAGUGUGGAGAGGCUUUCUUCUGGUGUGGUAAAGCGCUGCUGGAUUUGGCACGGAUGGAGAACUCGGUCCUGGGUAAUGCUCUGGAAGGAGUACCAGAAGAGGAGGAUGAAGAAAAACCCAAAGACUCAAACGUUGACAGCACAGAGAACUUUGACGAGAAGACCAGAGAUGAGCUGAGGGUGCAGGUGUAUGACGCCAUGGCAGAGAAGAAAAAUGAAGACGCCAAAGGGGAGCAGAGCAAAGACGAAGAGAAGAAAGGGGACGCAGUAAAGGCUGAGGCUGCUGAUGAGAAAGAGAACCCUGCAAAGGAAGGGAACGAUGAGGACAAAAACAGCAAAUGUAAUAAAAGUGAAGACAAGGAAGCUGAGAAAAAAUCAGGAGAUAAGGAGGAGGAAGCAGAAGAUGGGGAGGAGGAAGACUGUGAUGAUGCAGAAAUGGAGGCUGAUUCAGAAGAGCAAGGCGAAGAAGAUGGUGCUGCUGAAAAGGACAGUGACGAGGAGGAGGAGGUGGGGAACCUGCAGCUCGCCUGGGAGAUGUUGGAAGUAGCCAAAGUCAUCUACAAAAGGAAAGAGACUAAAGAGGAUCAACUCAUGGCAGCCCAGGCUCACUUGAAACUGGGUGAAGUUUCUUCUGAAUCAGGAAAUUACACUCAGGCGUUGGAGGAUUUCCAGGAGUGUCUGAAGCUGCAGGUGAAGCACCUGGACUCAGACAGCCGCCUGCUGGCUGAGACCCACUACCAGCUCGGUCUGACCUGCAGCUUGGAUGUCCAGUUCGGUCGGGCCAUCGAGGAGCUGAAGAGCUCCAUCUCUGUCAUAAAGAGCAGACUGGAGAAACUGAAGGAGCUGCUGGACAAGGCUGAGGGUCCGGACGCUCUGCCAGAAGAGAGGAAGGAGAUGGAGGAGCUGAAGGCUCUGCUGCCAGAGAUCCAGGAGAAGGUGGAGGACGCCACAGAGGGCCUGAAGAUGACGAGCGCGGCUGCUGAGGCUGUGAAGGGUUCACUGGAUGGAGGCUCCACUUCCUCUGCAUUCCCCGCCUCCACUACGCAGAACGGCGACUCCUCAUCCAGCUCAAAGUUUACCGGCGUGUCAACCAACGGAGUCAGCUCUACCAACGGACACGCCUCCAAAGCUCCAGUCUCAAAUAUCUCCCACCUGGUCAGGAAGAAGAGGAAACCAGAGGAGAGUCCGGUGAAGGAGGGCGUGAUGAAGAAGGUGAAGCAGAAUGAUGGAGAGUCUAACGCUGUUCAAAAAGCCAAGGGAAACACUAAUGGACACGCUGACAGUACUGAAGUCAAGAGUCAGUGAACAUGGACUCUUUGCCUCCACCCAAGAAGAGAUCCACCAACAUGAAGAGCUCUUACUGUCGCUACACUCGUUUGCUGCUGUAAAUAUGUGAAUCUUUUUCGAUACCUGUUGUGAUGUCAUUGUUUGUUCACAUAUGUGACCUUUAAAGUUCAAUAAAGAAUAUAAUUUGAUAAACCUUGUUUGAUCAUACUCUGCUUUUGACGUUAUUCCCUGAAUGAGUUGGUCUUUCUGUCAGGGCAUCUCGUAUAAUUAAGCUGCUCAACCUGUUCCCUGUUUUCUGCUUCUCACU